GAGCAACUUCAGUUCAAUCAUUUCGUUCGUACUUCGUUCAGUGCCUAGCGUUAGCUCAACGGUGAUAGACGUUAUAACAUAAUGCCUGAAGUGCACCCCGCUUUCGUGAACUCGGGAAAGAAGGCCGGAAUCGAAAUAUGGAGAGUUGAGGAUUUCGAGCCCGUCGCAGUACCUUCUCAUCAAUACGGGAACUUCUACAGUGGAGAUUCUUACAUCGUGUUAAAGACAACCGGCACCUCUAACCUUUCCUGGGAUAUUCACUUCUGGCUGGGUUCAAAGACAAGCCAGGACGAGGCGGGUGCCGCCGCCAUACUCUCCGUCAAUCUCGACGACGAGCAAUUCCACGGGGAUGCUGUCCAGCAUAGAGAAACUCAGGGGUAUGAGUCGAGGCAGUUUCUGGGAUACUUUGAACCAGCCAUACGUUACUUGGACGGCGGUCAUGCGUCCGGGUUUAACCACGUGACUGUCAACGCGGGCGCUGAGAAGAGACUCUUCCAGAUCAAGGGCAAACGGAACGUCAGAGUGAGACAGGUGGAGACGUCGGUUUCAUCCAUGAACAAAGGCGACUGCUUCAUCCUGGAUGUCGAUCAUGAUAUCAUGGUUUAUGUUGGUGAGAAGGCGAAGAGCGUCGAGCGCCUUAAGGCUAUAUCGGUCGCUAAUCAGAUCAGAGAUCAGGAUCACAGUGGACGCGGCAACAUUGAAAUUAUUGAUCCUUUCUCAAACGAAGGUGACGUGAACAAGUUCUUCACGGCGCUCGGAUCUGGAGACCAGGAUUCGGUUUCGGACGCGGAAGAAGGGGGUGACGAUGAGGACUUUGAACGGGGCGCCUCCAAAGAGGUCACGUUGUGCGAAGUGUCCGACAGUUCCGGAUCGUUGGAGAUCAAGAAACUAUCCGGACCUUACACCAAGGAACAAUUAGACACAAAGGAGUGCUAUAUCCUGGACACUGGCAGCAGCAUCUACGUGUGGAUCGGGAGGGAGGCGAAUGGAAGGGAGAAAGCAGAGGCGAUGAAGAAGGCGCAGUAUUACCUUGAAGUGAAUAACUAUCCUGCUUGGGUGCACAUAUCGAAGGUCGUGGCGGGGAUAGAGCCGACUGCCUUCAAGCAACACUUCCAAGACUGGAAUUAAACUUGACGUGUUAAUUUUAUGACUUCAACUAUUAUUAUUAUUAUUUUUGUUAAUUUUAAGAUGUCU